GGGGAGACUGGGGCGGACCAGGGAGGGGCGGGAUAGGCGGAGGAGAGGGGCAGGGGGCGGAGCUGGAGGGGGUGGUUCCGCGCGGGGGCCGUUGGCUCCAGACAAAUAAACAUGGAGUCCAUCUUCCACGAGAAACAAGAAGGCUCACUUUGUGCUCAGCAUUGCCUGAAUAAUUUAUUGCAAGGAGAAUAUUUUAGCCCUGUGGAGUUAUCCUCAAUUGCACAUCAGCUGGAUGAGGAAGAAAGGAUGAGAAUGGCAGAAGGAGGAGUUACUAGUGAAGAUUAUCGCACAUUUUUACAGCAGCCUUCUGGAAAUAUGGAUGACAGUGGUUUCUUCUCUAUUCAGGUUAUAAGCAAUGCCUUGAAAGUUUGGGGUUUAGAACUAAUCCUGUUCAACAGUCCCGAGUAUCAGAGGCUCAGGAUCGAUCCUAUAAAUGAAAGAUCAUUUAUAUGCAAUUAUAAGGAACACUGGUUUACAGUUAGAAAAUUAGGAAAACAGUGGUUUAACUUGAAUUCUCUCUUGACGGGUCCAGAAUUAAUAUCAGAUACAUAUCUUGCACUUUUCUUGGCUCAGUUACAACAGGAAGGUUAUUCUAUAUUUGUUGUUAAGGGUGAUCUGCCAGAUUGUGAAGCUGACCAACUUCUACAGAUGAUUAGGGUCCAACAGAUGCAUCGACCAAAACUUAUUGGAGAAGAAUUAGCACAACUAAAAGAGCAAAGAGUCCAUAAAACAGACCUGGAACGAGUGUUAGAAGCAAAUGAUGGCUCAGGAAUGUUAGAUGAAGAUGAGGAGGAUUUGCAGAGGGCUCUGGCACUAAGCCGCCAAGAAAUUGACAUGGAAGAUGAGGAAGCAGAUCUCCGCAGGGCUAUUCAGCUAAGUAUGCAAGGUAGUUCCAGAAAUAUAUCUCAAGAUAUUCCACAGACAACAGGUACAAAUCUUACUUCAGAAGAGCUUCGGAAGAGACGAGAAGCCUACUUUGAAAAACAGCAACAGCAGCAGCAGCAGCAACAGCAGCAGGAGCAGCAGCAGGAGCAGCAGCAGGGAGACCCAUCAGGACAGAGUUCACAUCCAUGUGAAAGGCCAACCACCAGUUCAGGAGCUCUUGGGAAUGAUCUAGGUGAUGCCAUGAGUGAAGAAGACAUGCUUCAGGCAGCUGUGACCAUGUCUUUAGAAACUGUCAAGAAUGAUUUGAAAGCAGAAGGAAAAAAAUAAUAUCUUUAAAAAACAAUUUAGAUAUUCAUACUUUGCAACAUUAUCCUGUGUGAUUACAGCAUAGGGUCCAUUUUGGUAUGUGUCAAAAAGAUGAGGAAAUAAGACUUUUAGUGGUUUGCAAACAAAAUGAUGGGAAAGUGGAACAAUGCGUCAGUUGUAGGACUAAAUAAUGCUCUUCCAAAUACUAGCCAAAGAGGCAUUCAGCAGUUAAAGACAUGUAAAAUAGUUUUCUAAAUGUUUCUUUUUCUUUUUUGAGUGUGCAAUAGCUAACAUGUCUAAAAUUAGGGCAUUUCUUUUCUUGGAUCUUUUUGUAGACCAGCUAAUAGGCUCUUGCCUCAGGCUUUUUCCAUAUAGUGUGUUUUCUUAUUCUCUCUUGUAGAUAAUUUGGCUCACAUCACAUAAUGGUCACUUUCAUUUCUCAUUAACCAAAUUAAUCUUUCAGGAAAGUGUCUCUAGUCUGUGUUGAUCAGAGUAAUGGUUCCAGAAGGAUGAAGUUCUCGCUUCAACUGUGUAUUGUGUGCUUGAGUGUUUCUGGUGUUAUUUUCUUUGAUCACAACUUUCCUGUUACCUGGCUUUCAUUAUUUUCCCACAACUCCUGAAAGAUGGUAAUCUUUUCUGAGGUUUAGACAUUUUGUUUGCUUUGUUUUUUAAAUUUUUUAUAGAUACAGGGUUUCACUGUGUUGGUCAGGCUGGUCUUGAACUCCUGACCUGAGGUGAUCCACCUGCCUCCACCUCCCAAAGUGCUGGGAUUACAGGCAUGAGCCACCACACCCAGCCAGGGUUGAGCGUUUUAAACCCUAUGUUGGGAUCAUUCUUUAUGACUGGUGCAUUCCUUAACUCUGAAAUCAGCCCUGCACAAGUACUUGAGAAUAAAUGAGCAUUUUAAAAAUGUGCUUUCCCAGAUGCUCUAUGAAUGUCUUUUCACUUGUGUCAAAACCUUACAUCUUUGUUGCAACCCCUUCUUCCUGCACCUCGUUACUUUUCUUCUCCAAUUGAGAAAACUAGGAAAAGCAUAGUAUGCAGGCAGGUUUCCUUCUGUUAGAAGACUGAACAUAUGUACCCACCAUGAAUGUAUGAUACAUGAAAUUUGGCCUUCAAUUUUAAUCGCAGUUUUAUUUUGUCUCCAAUGACUGGAGCUUUCUGUUCUCUUUCCGAUUGAGUCAUGGAAUAUAGGUGUCUGCUUCACAUCUUUUAGUAGGUAUAGCUUGUCAAAGAUGGUGAUCUGGAACAUGAAAGUAAUUUACUAAUGAAAAUAUGUUUAAAUUUAUACUGUGAUUUGACACUUGCAUCAUGUUUAGCUAGCUUAAGAACUGUAGAAGUCACAGUACUUAGUGGGUCUGUAAAUAAGAAAGUCCAUAGUUUUGAUAAAUAUUUUCUUUAAUGGAGAUGUACGGAGAGUUUCUUGCUGGGUCAAUAGAAUGGUAUGAUUUUGGUGAAAACCAUGUCUCUCUGAAGUUGAUGUUUUAGUUUUUGUGUUCCCCAACCCUCAUUCUCUGUCCCCUUUGGAGGCUCUUUUGAAUGUUGAAUUGUUCGUAAGCUAAUAUCCAAGAAGAAAUUUCAGCUGACAACUUAGAAAAUUAAAGUAUGGUGUAUUACUCUACUGGUGUGUGGCUGCACACAUUUUAUCAGGGAAACCUUUUUGAUUUAGAAUUUAUUGCUAACUGAAAAGAGAAGAAAAAAUAUCUUUUAUUUAUUAUUAUGAAAUAACUUUUUCUUGGAUAGAACAGAUUUUUUAAGUCAUUAUUUUGUGCCAAUCAAAGUUUUCUGAACUUUCCCUUAGACAAAAGGAUAGUUUUAUUUUAAAAUCAAAAGUUUUUCUUUAAUAGUUGAAAAUGUUUCAGAAGAAUUAUAAAACUUUUAAAACUGCUAGGGAUGUUGGAGUUUAGUACUACUCCCUCAAGAUUUAAAAAGCUAAAUAUUUUUAAGACUGAACAUUUAUGUAAUUAUUACCAGUGUGUUAGUCCUGUUUUCCAUGGAUAUUUGUUCAUUACUUUUUCCAUCGAAAAGUUACAUUAAACUUCAUACACUUGAAUUGACGAGCUACCUAAUACAAAAAUGAGAAAACCAAUAUGCAUUUUAAAGUUAGAGUUUGUAAAGUUCAUAUAUUAAAUACCCUAAAGCACUUAAGAAAAUACGGGGUGUUUGACUUUUAGUUGCUAGAGAGUUUUGUUUUGUUUUGUUUUUUGUUUGUUUGGUUUAUUUUUGAGACAGACUCUCGCUCUGUCACCCAGGCUGGAGUGCAGUGGUGCAAUCUCGGCUCACUGCAACCUCCACCUCCCGGGUUCAAGCGAUUCUCCUGCCUCAGCCUCCAGAAUAGCUGGGAUUACAGGCGCCCACCACCACGCCCAGCUGAUUAUUGUAUUUUUAGUAGAGACAGGGUUUUACCAUGUUGGCUAGGCUGGUCUUGAACUCCUGAUCUCAGGUGAUCUGCCUGCCUUGGCCUCCCAAAGUGCUGGGAUUAUAGGCGUGAGCCACUGUGCCCCGCCAACUAGAGAGUUUUUAAAGCAGAGCUGAGCACACACUGGAUAAGUUUGAAUGUGUUUGUAUAGUUUGUUGUGAAAUUGUUACAUUUAGCAGGCAGAUCCAGAAUCACUAGUGAACUGCCAUCUUGGUGGGAUUGGCUUACAUUUAAUUGAAUGUUUAGAUUCCAUUUCUUAAUUCAUCAGCCAGUAUGAAAAGAUGCCAGUGCCAAUAACCGUAGUAUGAAAAAAGCUAAAAGUUACACAAAGCUAUAGUUUAUACAUCAGAUACUGCCAUUUACUGCAAACCACCUGCAAGAAAGUCAGGAACAACUAAAUUCACAAGAACUGUCCUGCUAAGAACUGUAUUAAAGAUUUCCAUUCUGUUUUACUAAUUGGGAACAUCUUAAUGUUUAAUAUUUAAACUAUUGGUAUCAUUUUUCUAAUGUAUAAUUUGUAUUACUGGGAUCAAGUAUUUACAGUGGUGAUGCUAGUAGAAGUUUAAAUAAGCCUUGGAAAUACCACUUUCAUAUUUUCAGAUGUCAUGGAUUUAAUGAGUAAUUUAUGUUUUUAAGAUUCAGAAUAGUUAACCUCUGAUCUAAAAUCAUCAAUGUAUGUUUUUUACAGUAAUCAACAUACAAAUAUUUCAGUAAUAUAAACUGUUUGCAAAGGUUGCUGCAGGUAAACUAUACUUAAACUCUAAGAUCUUGGCCAAAUAAUUUACAAUUCACAGAAUAUUUUAUUUAAGGCGGUGCUUUUUUUUGUCCUUAAAACUUGAUUCUUCUUAAGGCUUUAUUCAUUAUGCCAAAGUUAAUGAGGGAAAAAAAAUCUCAAAACUGGUUGAGUAUCAUUAUAGACAAAACUACCAGUAGUCCAUAUUGUUUAAUAUUAAGUUGAAUAAAAUAAAUUUUAUUCCAGUCAGAGCCUAAGUCACGUUUUGAAUGUCUGAAAUUGACACUAUUUUUAAAAUCAUGCUAGUGCCGGCUGGGUGUGGUGGCUCACACCUGUAAUCCCAGCACUUUGGGAGGUUGAGGCAGGUGGAUCAUGAGGUCAGGAGUUUAAGACCAGCCUGGCCAAGAUGAUGAAACCCUAUCUCUACUAAAAAUUACAAAAAUUAGCUGGGCGAGGUGGCUGGCAUCUGUAAUCCCAGCUGCUUGGGAGGCUAAGGCAGGAGAAUUGCUUGAACCUGGGCAGCAGAGAUUCCAGUAAGCCAAGAUCCCACCACUGCACUCCAGCCUGGGCGACCAAGUGAGACUCCAUCUCAAAAAAAAAUAAAUAAAUAAAAAAGCUAGUGCCAAGAGCUACUAAAUUAUUAAAACUGGCCCACUGGACUGUACAAAUAAAAAUUCGAUUCAGCCGGGCGAGGUGGCUCACACCUGUAAUCCCAGCACUUGGGAGGCUGGGGCAGGCAGAUCCUUUGAGGCCAAGAGUUUGAGACAAGUCUGGGCAACAUGGUGAAACCUCAUCUCUACUAAAAAUAAGAAAACUAGGCAUGGUGACACACACUUGUAGUCCCAGCUACUCAGGAGGCUGAGAAUUGCUUGAACCCAGGGGGUGGAGGUUGCAGAGAGCCAAAAUCGCACCAUUGCACUCCAGCCUGGCGACAAGAGCAAGACUCCGUCUUAAAAAACAACACACACACAAACUUUACCUGGAAUCGAAGAGGCCUCUGGCCACUAUUUUCUUUUCUUUUCUUUUCUUUUUUUUUUUUUUGAGACAGAGUCUAGCUCUGUCGCCCAGGCUGGAGUGCAAUGGCACAAUCUCGGCUCACUGCAACCUCCACCUCUUGGGAUCAAGCAAUUCUCUUGCCUCAGCUUCCUGAGUAGCUGGGAUUACAGAUGCUGCCAUUACACCCAGCUAAUUUUUGUAUUUUUAGUAGAGACAGAAAUUUCACCAUGUUAGUCAGGCUGGUCUCAAACUCCUGACCUCAGGUGAUCCACCCGCCUUAGCCUCCCAAAGUGAUUAUAGUUGUAAGCCACUGCACCCAAUCUCGGGCCACUAUUUUCAAAGUGAAUUGUUUGCUGUAUCAAGGCCUUAACAAGUAUGGACAUACAUAUGUGACCCUAAUUAGGAAAUACCAGAUUGGAUUAACUAAUCAUGUCGGCCGUGUAAAUAACUUUAUUUUUCAUAUUACAAGUAAAAACUUCUUUUAAUCUUGGUCCCUUUAUAACCAGCAUCUUUUUGCUUUAAAAAAUGAGCGCCUUUGUAUUUUUUUUUAAGUCUUAAACAUAAUAAAAAUAUUUUUGUUCGAGUCUGCUUUCAUGAAUGAAGAUUACUGACAUGGUUGGUAAAUUCUAGAAUUUUGAUUUUGUUUUUUAAUUUGAAGAAAACUUUUGCUAUUUUAAUUUUUUCCAAAAUGGUCUUGCAUUGUAAGAAUUAAUGCUAAUAACCUAACUUCUAAAUUUGUGGUAAUUGGCAUGUUUAAUAGCAUAUCAAAAAACAUUUUAAGCCUGUGGAUUCAUAGACAAAGCAAUGGGAAACAUUAGUGAAAAAUAUGUAGAUAUUGCUGAUGCAUUUAGGAAGCCCUCGGUUGUCUCUUGCAUAGUUUAAGGAAUGUUUUCUGAACUUUUUUAAUGCUUUUUUUUUUGAAAGAGGAAAACAUACCUUUUAAAUGUUAUUUAUCUAAUUUCUACAACACUGGGAUAUUAGGAAUAACUUUUAAAAAAUUACUGUUCUGUAUAAGUAAAAUAUUUGAAAUUCAAGUACAGAAAAUAUCUGAAACAAAAAGCAUUGUUGUUUGGCCAUGAUAAAAGUGCACUGUGGCAGUGCCGCUUGCUCAGGACCCAGCCCUGCAGCCCUUCUGUGUGCUCCCUUGUAAGUUCAUUUGCCGUUAUUACACGCACAGGCCUUCCUGUCUGGUCCUUAGAAAAGCCGGGCUUCCAAAGCACUGUUGAACGCUGAGAAUUCUGUUGUUAAUGUGGAUGUUCAAUGAGUUGUAUUUUAAAUAUCAAAGAUUAUUAAAUAAAGAUAAUGUUUGCUUUUCUA